UUACCUACAAUUAUCGUAUUAACAACCAACCAAGAGAAGUAUUAAAAAAUGAAAUGUUACAGUACAAACGAGAGGAAAACAAAUUAAAUAGUAUAUUUUUUUAUCAUUGUGCGUAUCAACAAAUACAAGAUAAUAAAAAAACGGAUACAAAUUUGUACAAAUUUGUUUUCAUAACAUUGUCCAUUGUACAACCUACAUAUAAAAUCCAAAAAAGUUAAUAAACCCAGGAAAAAUGUUGCACAAAUUCAACCUGUUGUGUCUCGCGUUACUCUCAGUCGGAACAACCCAGGGAGAGAUCAGCUAUCGAAUCCUGGAGGAGUGCAGAAGAGAGAACAGCAGCCCCCUGACGUCCCUGGUACACACGAUGUGCCUGUACAAGUGCUUCUACGAGAAAUCUGGUCUGGUGGACCAAAAGGGUACGUUCCUCCUCAACCAGCUGAAAACGGAUCCGGAACUGGCCCGACUCCCGGAAUACGACAAAGAACGGUUGUUCGAUUGUCUCGAAACGGUGGACAAGAUCCAGAGCUGUCACGACAUCGUCAACGUAACGCGUUGCUUCCAUUCGAAGAACUGA